AUGAGUAUACCUGACACUAUAGCACUAAAGGGCUUGGCGAUGCUCCUAGAGGGAGAUGCUGCCGUGUGGUUUAGAGGUAUUCGAACCUCAAUAACUUCGUGGGAAGAAGCUAUGAGUCGCUUGCGUGCUAUGUUGUACGCCGCCGCCACCCACAAAGUGUUCCGUGACAUAUUUAAGUCCGAGCAAGAUGCUGAUCGCACAGAAGUGUUCGUGGCCCGCCUGCGCGCCCUUCUCACUACGUUACCUUAUGUAUUAGAAGAACGAGUACAGCUAGACAUUAUAUAUGGGUUACUAAACAGAUCUAUAAGGAAAAGAGUUACGAGAGAGAGUGUAACUACGAUAGAAGAACUUAUAUAUAAAGCCCGUAAUGUCGAAGAAGCGUUAAGUGAAGCAAAUAAACUGUCGUCGAAGUCGUCGUCAACUGUUACGCAGUCAGCGCGCGAGUCCAUAAGUCGUGCGCAUUGCGCGCCAACAGCGCGCGCCAUAACGCCUUUUCUUACAAUGCGCGUCCACCCGCCGAAGCGCAGCGUUCCGCCCCUACGGCGCUAA